AUGGCACGGUUGGGAGUGUGGCAACUGAGAAAGCUAACGUUGAACUACUGCAAUAUUUCAGGCAGCUCAAGGGGAGCAAGGACCUUUGUGGAGGACUACCUGCCCACCUUCAAGCAGGAAAACCCCCAUUUGCAGGUCCUCGAAGACUUGCAACCUGGAAGACACCCAUAUCUCAAAGCAGAAUACCGGAAUGGAAGGGUGAGGACGGUAGGGGUCAAGAAUGAAUUGCCAGAUGGUGUUCUCCGGCAUGCUGUAAUGCUGAGAAGCGCAGCUGGCCGAUCAACACAUGUCAAAGUGAAAACUCGGCAGGUUCAGCCAGCCAUACGGACUGAGGAUGGCAAGCAUCAGCGAGCAUCCCCCAGUGUGCAAGGCAUGUGGCAGCCAAGUGCUGCACUGUGA